AUGUUGAGUGGCGUGGCUGACGUUGUUCAUGUCAGGCGGAGGAGUGAGGGCUCGGUUGAGGGCCUGGUUGCUGGUGUAGGAAGCCCAGUUUGCUCGCGAUUGACCCCAGCUGUGUGGUUCGCGGUUGAUGCUGCUGUCUCUGGCGGCGAAAGGGUCCCGGAACUGAAUGGCGGCGUUGGCAUACAUUGGGUGCGGCGGGUGUAUGCUGGUUAUGAGGGAGAGGCGGGAGGUAGUGAGUUGAAG